AAAUUUGUUUUCUUCCAGUAGAUUCUUAGGAUUCACUAUAAAUAAAAAACAGAAAUAUGUCUGAAGGCUUUAAUGAAUCAGAAAACAGAAUGGUUUCCCCACAGAAUCUUCAGCAGUCAUCAGUGGAAAAGAAAAGAAAAAGCAGUGAAUUUAGAAGAUAUCUGAAACAAGUGUUUGAAGAUUCACUCAUGACAGGGUUUUCACAAAUUGCAACUUCUCGCACAUGGAAGAAAGCAAUUCCAAAAGCAGCAAUCCUCAUCUUUUGCUUCCUGGGAUUUACGUAUCAGACGUGUGAUUUUUUGCAUUAUUAUUUCCAAUAUCCUGUAACAGUGAAUGUUGAAGAAAGCAGUCCUUUUGAAAUGACUCCCCCUGCAUUCACAUUUUGUAACAACAACAUGUAAGCGUUAAAUGUUGAUUAUUAGAAUAAGAGUUAAUCAAAUAAAAGUGAACACUCAUGAUA